AAUUCAUGUGCUCUAAAUAUUAAUCCUUACUUUUUCUUAAAAAUGCUGUGUGAUUUUUCCUAUUCAUUUUAAACUUUGAUAAGACCCGCCUGGUUUCAAAUCAAAGAAAAUGGUGACGCCAGUUAGAGAUACAUUCCUUUACUUCGCCUAUGGCAGUAACUUAUUAAAGAAAAGGAUUCACAUUAAUAAUCCAUCUGCAAUAUUUUUAGGCAUUGGACGACUUGAUGACCAUCAACUAGAUUUCAUAAAGUAUUCUGACCACUGGAGGGGUUCAUCUGCUACAAUUGUACCAAUAAAGAAUCACCAUGUAUGGGGAGCUGUUUGGAGAGUACAUAAUAAAGACCUCAAAAGUUUGGAUUGGCAAGAAGGUGUGGAAACCAAUUGGUAUUUCCCAAAGAUUGUCAAAGUUGUAACACCUGAUGGUACGGACCUUGAAUGUCGUACAUAUCAGCAGACCAUCAACCCUCCACCCCGAGCUGAAGGAGAGGAGAUACCACUCGACAGAAGACCGUCUAUUACUUAUUUGAACUGCAUUUUGACUGGUGCUAUUGAGUGUAAUUUACCUAAAGAGUACAUAGAAAAAUUGAAGAAAAUCCCUCAUAAUGGACAACAUGCUUCCCCAAAAUUGAUAGAAAAAUUAGAUUUGACUCCUAUUGAUGAAUAAUGUUGAAAAACUCUAUUUGUAUGUAUAUAAUAUGGAGUGAAAAAAAGUUUUAUGUAUUCAAUAUUUAUUGUACACCUCCUUUGAG